UCCGCCGUGUCCUCAGCCGCCACCCCUGUGCCAAGUCCCAUUACCCGACCGGCAUAUCACAUGUGCAGGGCGCAACGGUGUCACGCUGUGCUGCACCUGCUGCUUACGCUCCGCCAUUCUGCCAUGGGACCCUGUACCGCCUCCUCAUGCUGCUGCCAGGCCCGUAAUCUGCCAUGGGCCCCCGUACCGACUUCCUCAUGCUGCUGCCAGGGGCCCGUAAUCUGUCAUGGGCCCCUGUACCGCCCUCCUCAUGCUGCUGCCAGGUCCAGAGUGUGUCAUGGGUCCCUGUACGGCCUCCCAUUGCUGCUGUCUCCAUCGCCCACACUCUGCCAUGUGCCACUUUCAGGUCUCCUCACACUGCUGGUGGGUUCCAUUUUGUCAUAGGGUGCUGUAUGGCCUCCCAUUGCUGCUGCCUCCAC